AUGAAGAGAAAGUUGGGAUCCGCACACCGUUGUGGAGAAAUGUUUUGCAAAACGUGCCAGGAGCAUGUCAUCGGAGAUCACCGCUGUUUUAUGAAGCCGCAGAAACUUACUCCUUUCCAGAAGAUGCAGUAUUCGGAUGCCCAAUUUUUGUUUUUCGACUUUGAAACUUACGUUGCUGAGGAUGGGCGGCUGUAUCCAAACCUCGCGGUUGUUCAGAAUGAUGAAGGCGAAGAGUGGAUAUUUCCGAAUGACGGCGAACCGCUUUGCGACAUUACAGAUCCUCUUUGUCGAUUCCUCUUUAGUGAAGACCAUCGCGAUCACAUUAUAAUCGCCCACAAUUUCAAGGCCUUUGACGGUUAUUUUAUACUGAACUGGCUUCUCAGCAACGGUAUUACUCCUAAAGUUAUUUUAAACGGCGGUAAGAUCAUGCAGCUGGAUGUUCUCCAACUCAACAUUCGAUUCCGCGACAGCAUCAAUUACAAUCCUCAAAGUUUGUCCAAAUGGCCGGCUACCUUUGGUAUCAAGGACACGUCAAAGGGCACCUUUCCGCACCGAUUUAAUCGACCGGAAAACUGGGACCAGGUUACCGAAUUCCCUACCAAGGAGCAGUACGGGUCCAAGUUUAUGAACAAGAAAGACCGUGAAACGUUUGAGCAAUGGUACAAUAUGGAGGUCGCCACCAAGAACAACACGUUCGACUUUCGUAAAGAAUUUGUGGAUUAUUGUCGGAACGAUGUCACCGUACUCCGCAAGUGCUGUCUCCAAUUUCGAAAUUUGUUUUUGGGCAUCAGUAACGGCAUUUGCCCAUUCUCGUCCUCGAUGACUAUCGCUGGAUUGUGUGGUUUGUAUUGGAGGUCCAACAUUUUGAAGGCGAACCAGAUUGGACUGAUUCCACCGCAAGGAUACAACGUGAACCGCAACCAGUCGGUUAAAGCGCUAAAGUGGAUGCAGUGGAUGGAACUGGAAGAGAACUGCACAAUUCAGACGCGAGCAAGUGGGAACGAGUUUAAAGUUGGACCUUAUUUUGUGGAUGGAAACUUACCAAUGAGCAAAAUUUACGAAGAAACCCUGCAACGCGACACGUACAUCCGGGACAUGGGACACGAACUGUUUGUCAUCUGGGAGCACGAGUUCGACGACCAGGUAAAGCAGGUACCAGAUUUCGCGGAUUUUGUUGACGAAAUCACCGUCACCCAACCGAUAAACCCUCGUGAUGCAUUCUUCGGCGGACGAACAAAUGCCACAAAGUUGUAUCACAGCGUUAGCAAUGAAGAGAAGAUCCGGUAUUUUGAUGUCUGCAGCGAGUAUCCGUUUGUCAACAAGAACAAGAAAUAUCCGAUCGGACACCCCAUCAUUAUCGUUAAAGACUUUGGGAAAUCGCGCACUACUUUGGCAUCGUGCACUGCAAAAUCUUACCGCCUCCGGAUCUUUACCUGCCGAUUCUGCCAUACCGCUCCAACGGUAAGCUGGUAUUUCCUCUGUGCCACACAUGCGCUGCGAAACAACUUAACGCCCCUUGUGCACAUUCCGACGAAGAAAGAACGCUUACUGGAACAUGGUGUAAGCACGCCAGAGCUGCACGCUGCAAUCGAGCGCGGUUAUGUCAUCACAAAGAUGUUGGAAGUGUGGCACUUUGAGCAGUCGGAAGAAAGGUUGUUUGCGGACUACAUUGAUCGGUUCCUCAAGAUAAAAACGGAAGCAAGUGGCUGGCCAGCGGAUAUGACAACCGACGACCAGAAAGAUCAAUUUCUACGAGAUUUUAAAGAUCAUGAAGGCAUUCACUUCUGGGGUCGCCUGGGUAUGCAGGACAACAAGCCGAACACCAAGUACCUAACUUGCCCGCAGGAGUUUUACAAAAUGCUUCUUUCUGGUGAAUUCCACAUCCACUCGUGGGAUAUGUUCAGCGAGGAUGUUCUGCAAGUUGCGUACACCAGGGAAAAGUUAUUUAUUGACCAGAACCCUCAUACGAACGUUGUCUUGGCUGCGUUUACGACAUGCUGGGCCCGGCUCCAUUUAUACGGCUACAUGGAACAAGUCCAAGAUACACUGCUUUACUUCGAUACCGAUUCCAUCAUUUUUGUGGAGAAGCCGGGAGUAUUUGUUCCUCCAACCGGCAAGUUUUUGGGGGACCUAACGGACGAAUUGCAGCCCGAUCAGUAUAUCACUCAGUUUGUCAGUCUCGGUCCCAAGACGUAUUCCUACAAGACUAAUGAUGGGAAAAGUGUCGCCAAAGUCAAAGGUUUUACGCUGAACGGACACACCAGCGAGAGCAUCACGUUCGAGUCAAUGGUUGAUGUUUUGCAUAAGAAAACUGAUUUUCUUGUAGCUGAAUAUCCUGAAUCGAUUCAGCGUGUCAAAAAAUCAAUGGUGUUGCGCCAAGUUGAUUUGUCUAAACGUUUAACGCUCGCGUCGCCUAAGCCUUCCACCAGCAACAUUGCCCGCGAGAUUCCAGCCACGCCUCUCAAAACCCGCACCUUUGCCAAGCGACGCGCACCGGAGAUGGACGAUAUCAAGCUGAACCUUGCCAAGAAGUUCAAGGAGCAAGAUGACACCAAGCAUCCGCGGCAUGCCUUUUCUCAUGAAGGAUCCAACGUGUACAAGAUUGGGUUCGAGAAGUACGUCUACGCCCGCUUCCAAGAUGGGGUUUCUGCCAUCGUCAUCGGGGAGUGGAAAAAGCAAAGCGACGACACCUACCGCCGCACCUUGGAGAAGUCCAUCACCGUAAAGAAGCCUGGUUUCUUGCGCCUGUGUGCCUUGAUGAUGAGUGGUAAAGCGGACCUGGACAAGAAUUCUCAGAACUGUGGCACCGACGGUAAGCUGACGCCUCUGUAUGCGCUGGAGAGUGGACUGUAUUUUGGCUGGGGACGUUACAACCGUGUCAACACGGCCACCGUAAGACGUUACACCUUCGGUCAGAACGGAGACCUGAUUCCCACGAAAGCUGGCGUGACCUUUGGACUGAAGACGUACGACGGUCUCAAAGAACUGGUUAUGGAUAUGACGCUGCUGAAAGAACUCCUGGGAGUGGAUGAAGCCAACAAUGAAGUGGCUGAAGAGUUCACUGAACUCAUCCACCAAAUGCGCGGUCGCAAUGGAAAAGUCAGCUGUGGGAGUGCCAGCGAUGACGAGUGGGCAGCGGCUGAAAAGGCUAUUGUGGAGUCGCGCUAUGUGGAGGCUGUUCUGUUGGAAGCUGACCAAGUGGAUCUUGGGCAAGUUGUUGGACUGGACGUUAAGGGGUAUUUGGAACUUAAUGCUCUGGAGUUUCGUGCUAUGUUCGCUAAGCUUAUUUAA